UUCAGCUUCGCCUUCAAGAUUGCUCGACACCAUCCACUCGAAUCUAAUCUCGCUUUCACAAACUAGCUACCUAUUUAUAGGACCGAAUUUCACCAUGCAUUUCUAGCUUAUAUAACAGUUUGAUUGCGUUUUAAUUUUAAUUAAUUCUGUGCUUCACUCCUACCUCAUUCAUGGCGUCUCUUUCUCUUCAGGAUGGCGCUCCAUUGAAAGACGCAGUAACCGAAGGUGAAGUAGCUGUGAAGGAGCCACAGGUAGGGGCGCCGCCGACGCUUCCGGAGGAUCCGGUUUUGACGCUAGACGUGGAAGAAGAUGAAGAUGAAGAUGAAGAAGAGUACGGCGUGGAGGCGCCGCAGUACGAGUUAGGGAAGGUGGAAAACUUGGAGCAGGAAGAAGAUGAGAAGGAUCUGGAUCUGGAUCUGGAGCCUGAGGAGUACUCGUCACCAUUCGUGGAGAGAUCAGAUCAAGACGCGACGGCUCCUCCGUUCCGUUGGGGUGCCGGAGAAGAUGAUGCUGCUGCUGCUGCUUUCGACGACGACGACGACGGGGACGACUUAAUUAAUUAACUAACUAACUAACGAACACAUAAUUGCUUUAGACUAAUUGCAAGUAGAAGAAGAUAAUGAACUCGAUCGAUCUCCUUUUGUUGCGUAAUCGUCCCAACUUUGGAUCAUUGUGUAAUUGAAGCAUCACUUCUUAUUCAAAUACUACUUCUCUCUA